CACAGCCACACACUCACAUUUUACGCACAGCGGCAGAUCACCCAAGAAAGACAAAUUAGACGGACACGGUGGACGAAGACGCGUGUGAUGAGAAUUCAGCCUGGAUACAUGUGAUUAUUGAACUUUUCGGGCUAAAACAUGCUCGUUUUGAACGAAUAAGGACACUGUUCCUCUACUUUUACGCGCACCAAAACCAGCCAGGCGCUGCAGCAGCCACAGUGUGCGUGAAUACAACCCACCCUCCGGCUGUGUUUUCUGCGCCCCGCGGUAAGGAUGGAUACCCGGCUCUCUUUCCGCAGGUAUUCACUGCUGGCGCUCCUUUGCGCGGUGUGCACACGGAGCCCCGUGGCUGCUGCGGGAAGGAGCUGCUCCGAAACCCGGCAGGUGUACGCGGAGAUGGGCUACAGCACAGGCACCGCUCCGCUGACUCAAAUCUCCGGUGAACACCUGCGGCUCUGCCCUCAAGACUACACCUGCUGCUCCAGUCAGAUGGAGGAGACGCUGUCCUUCCAGAGCGAGAGGGACUUCCUCAAAGCCAACGAAGACAACAGCCAGUUUCUGCAGACCACCUUCACCCAGAGGCACCGCAGGUUUGAUGAGUUCUUCAGGGAGCUUAUAGACUUAUCAGAGAAGUCUAUGAACCAGAUGUUUACCAAGACCUAUGGUCGGCUCUUCACCCAGAAUGCACUUGUCUUCCAGGAGCUGUUUGUGGAGCUUCGCAGAUAUUAUUCUGGGGGCAGUAUUAGUUUGACAGAGGUCCUCUCAGAGUUCUGGUCCAGACUGGUGGAGCGGGUCUUCUCUCUGGUCAAUCCCCAGUAUCAGUUCAGUGAGGACUACUUGGAAUGUGUCAGCAAACACGCAGAACAGCUGCAGCCGUUUGGGGAUGUUCCUCGAAAACUGCGUGUUCAGGUGUCGAGAGCUUUCAUCGCAGCCAGAGCCUUAACUCAGGGUUUGGCUACUGGUCGAGAUAUCGUUAACAAAGCAACAAAGCUGACUGCAGAUUCAGAGUGUGUUCGCGGCCUGAUGCGUCAGUGGUACUGCCCGCUGUGCCGAGGUCUGCCCUCCCUGCCUCCCUGCCACUCCCUAUGCCUCAACGUGAUGAAGGGCUGCUUAGCCAAUCAGGCUGACCUGGACACAGAAUGGAACAAUUUCAUUGACGCAUUGUACCAGGUUUCAGAGAAGUUGGAAGGGCCAUUCAACAUGGAGCUUGCAGCCGACUCCAUCGCCGUCAAAGUGUCAGAGGCCAUCAUGCACAUGCAGGAAAACAGCGUCAGCAUCUCCACCAAGGUCUUCCAGGGCUGUGGAAGCCCCAGGCCAGUUCGGGCUAAACGCUCUACAAAGGAGUUAGGGAACAACAGGAGGCCCUUUCGCACGUACAGCCCUGAGGAGAAACCUACCACCGCUGCUGGCACCAACCUGGAUCGAUUGGUUACCGAGCUGAAGGAACGACUGCGGCCCAUGCAGGGCUUCUGGGUGUCCCUCCCACACACCAUCUGCAACGAUGAGAAGCUGGCUGCUGACGUCACGAAUGAAGACCGCUGUUGGAAUGGACAAACCCGGGGGAGGUACCUCCCGGAUGUGACAGGCAAUGGGCUAGUCAGUCAGAUCAAUAACCCUGAGGUGGAAGUGGAUGUUGCACGGCCAGACGUGAGGACCAGACAGCUAAUCAUGGAGCUCAGGGUGGUGACCAACAAACUAAGACAUGCUCAGAGUGGACAAGACAUAGACUUCAUGGACAGUGAGGAAGGCAGUGGUUCAGGGGGUGCAGAUAAUGGUGAAAGGUAUAGCGAUGACUGGCCAGGCUAUGGGCCUUACUCACCACCUUACAACAAGCCUCCACGUAAAGUCUCCUCUAACCCUGCAAAGCCGCCUCGUGUCCGAGAAAGAAAUGGACACAGAAAUAACGACCAAGGCCGGGCUCGGUCUGCUACCAGUCAGAUCACAUUCUCUGUGGUUCCUUUGUUGUCUUUGCCUUUUGUCGUUACUGUUGCCCCCUUGUGGAGAUAGCUGGAUAUUACAAUAUGAAGUUGAUGUUCGGUGUUUAGGCCAGAGAAGCACAUUGUGAAAACAAUUUGAUUCAAUUUGGGAACACCAGCAGAAACAAAUUAAACAUUUUGGAAAUUAGCAGUAAUCAAAAACAUCUUAAAUGGCACAAAGUAUCUUUUUCCCCCCUAACUGCAAAGCCAGAAAAAUUCAAUCGCCAGCCUUAAUGUAUUGUUCUUGUCAAACAGUGGUGAAUUUUUAAUUCUUACUAGCAUCUUUUGGUGCCAUUUUUUUGCAGUAUUUGGCUUACUGGGAUCUCACCGUGCUGUGCUGCUGGACAAUAGGAUUAAACAGUCUGCAUGUUUAAAAAAAAUGCUGCCGCAAAUAAAUUGGAAGCACGCUUGGGAGCUGGAGCUGGUGUUUUCAUGGUUCAGUGAUCCGUGAGAUGGAGAUCAGCUGUGCCAGUAAUAACACUCUUGAUGUGAACAGCUGGCAGCUUUUAUUUUUAAACGGAUUUAAUUAAUUUAUUGAUUUCAGUUUCUGUCCCGUUUUUGUUCAUGUCUUGGAUAGAGUAAGAUUUAAUAAUGCUGGCUUGAAAAG